AUGAGAGUUCUGGACGUUGCUCGCCGUCAACGCAGUGCCAAGUUACUGUUGAAAAAUGUUUCACGAUCCAAACCUCCGGUAUUGUUUGCAAGCAGAGAUGCCUCUGACUUGCUAAACAAUGUCGUUAUUUUUCCUGAGGUGAAUUUUAGCGAUGACGAGAAUGAAAUUUACGACAACAAUGAGGAUGAUGUGGUUGACGCCGGUGAUCCAGACGAUGCAGAUCCUGGUGAAGGCGGUAAGCCAAACCCAGAAGACGAAAGUCUAAUCACAUUUCAAGACAUUGAGGAAGGAUCAGAAAGCAUCAAGGACUUGAACUCGUAA